AUGGACAGCCUCAAAGCCCUGCUGGCCAAGAAGAAGGCUGAGAAGCAGGAGCUGGUGGGCGACAAGAAGUCAGUGCGGCGUGGAGACCUGGAGGAGGCCAAGUUGAAGCGCCUGCGCGAGGAGGAGGAGCAGGAGCGGCUCGCGAAGGAGAAGCGGCGAAAGCAACACCAGGGCGCAGGCGCCAACGGUGACACAGCCGACGGCGCUGACGGCGCGCCUGUCGAGACCGCGGCCGAGCUCGCCGCCACCGCGCAGCAGCAGCAGCAGGCCGAGGCCGACGCGGCGGCGCUCAAGGCGCUGGCCGCCCUGCCGCGCGCCGAGAUCGUGCGGCGCCUGCGCGCACUGAGGCAGCCGGUGACGCUGUUUGGGGAGGAUGACGGUGGCCGCGUUGUGCGGCUGGCGCGAGCUCAGAAAGAGGCGGCCCUGGUUGACGAUGAGGCGCGCUAUGGGGGCCAGCAGGAGAACACGCUGCUGGCCAUCCAAAGGGAGGCGCGGCUGAGGAAGAAGGGCGGCGGCGGCGGCGGGGAGGGCGAGGCCGAGCGGGAGCGGGAGGCCAAAGCGGACAAGGGCGGCAAGGGGGCCGGCGGCGGCAAGGGCGAGGCGGCCGGCGGCGGUGGCGGCGGGGGCAAGGCCGAGGCGGCGGCCGGCGAAGGGGGCGGCGGUGAGGGCCCCUCCAAGCCCGCCGACGGCGGCGCGGGCGGCGACGAGGGCGGCGCCGGCGGGCCGGGCGGUGCGGCCGGCGGCCUGGAGGACGCUUUUGCCGCGGCGGCUGCGCGGCUGGCUGAGCAGCGCGCUGAGGAGGCGAUGGUGCUGGAGGACCGCAUCGCCAAGUACCUGCGGGGCUGGUGCCAGGCGUGGGGGGACGACCUUGAGGCGCGCAGCGACGAGGCCAAGGCCAGCGGGGCGGGCCACCAGGCCACGAUGGUGUACAAGCAGAGCAUGCGGUUCAUGGAGCCGCUGUGGCGCAGCCUGGAGACACGCAACCUGGACCCAGAGCUCAAGGCAAGCAUGAUUUAG